AUGGCCGCUCUGUCGCAUCGCCCCCCGACCGAAGCCGAUACUCACUCCCAAGCUUCCAAGACGGAUCACAACACUUACCACAACCAAGACAAUCACACCCCGCUAUCCAAGCAAUUCGCAACCACACCUCGAUCCUCCAUCUCGACGUCAGACCGCUUGCCGGCCGAUCUCACAGCUGUGCCCGUCUCCUCCCACCACCAACGACAUUCGAGCACUCCUUCCACGGCUUCAUUCACCAAAGCCCAGCGUUCUGGCAGCAGUCUCUUCACUCGAGCCGCCGCUGCUUUGGAUCGAACUCAGAACGCAAUCGCCAGCAUAUCUGAGCCUGUCCUCCGGCCACGACAGUCCAACUCGGCACUUGCUGCUCGCCUGUCUUUGCAAUCCAUUUCUGCACCCAAUUCAGAGCCUUCAAGCCCGGCCCGAACAGCUGGAUCUGCCCGGACGCAUUCUACCAGCGCCUCGUUGACCUCUGCCUCGAGGGCCGAAAUCAAAGUGGUGCCGCCAACAGCUCAGGCGAACGAUCCGCCUUCGCAACCAUACCACGAGACGGAUCCAAGCCUGCCCGCGCCUAUAAGGUUGACGGCCGCUGACAAAAAGAUGCAUCAAACAUCGUCGCGCUUACUGCGCAUGACUGACGAUGAUCGACCGUUCACAAGGGAUUUUAAAGACUUAUUCGCAACUCUCAUUGUCAGCCUGCUCCCUCUCUCUGCACACCGUGUCCGGUUGUCAAAAGUUGAAUACACCUUCCUCUCUGAAGAUGCCAUCAACAAUCUUGGCUCGCUAAAAUUCUCACAAUCAAACCGCAUGCCUGAUCCCAAGGACCCCUCAAGAAUUGUAACCACGACGACAACGACAACCUUUUCCAUGGCAAAGGACAUGGCCAGAUCCAUUUGCCAACGUUUCGUGGAAGCACGCUUCAUUGAAUCAGCAGAUGGUAAAUACCAGCAGGUUUACAACAUGAAAGGCUCUGUAUGGCAAUUGACUCCCAAGGGCAUCACCGUGUUGGACCGUUUCUGCUCCAGGAACGGCAUUCAACAGAAACAGGUUGUCGAGCUGGCCAGUAUGAGCUCCGCUCAGUUGGUCAUUCUGGAACGUGACCAACAAACUGACAAGCUUCUGCACGAUUGGGGUACUGUUGAGGUCAUCUUUCGCCGAUUUGUCGGCACGGAUGGACGGAAUGUCAAGGCGAGCGUCGCCACCGCCGACUCCGACUCCCUCCACGACUACAAGGAUGGACUCACUGGUGUCAAAAUGGCAGCGGAGCGCAAGGUUAAUGGUAAAACCUACAAGGAUACAUUCACAGGCAAGGCCACCACGGACUGGUUGAUGGAUUGUUCUACCAUUGUCGACCGUCGUGAGACUAUCGAAAUCGCGUCAUUGUUCGUCGAGUAUGACUUGAUGGAGCCUGUUGUGCAAGACCGGGCUUUUAUGUCGCAGAAGACGGGAUAUAACCUGUUUCAGCCCACUAAACACGCCAUAUACCAGCUUACGGCACGUGGUAAGGAACUGAUUAGCGGAAGCGGUUCCAGGGGUCGUGCUUCGGAGAGCGAGAAUGGCACCGGCUCUCAGCGAAACGGCAUUACAAGAGAUUCCAACACGCAGAGAUUGGAGAAGAUCCUGAACGACGCAGCCCUUCGCCUUCUCUUUCGAGAAAAUCUACGGGAAACCCACUGCGAGGAGAACCUGUCAUUCUACAAGGACGUUGGGGAAUUCGUUCGGAGCUGCAAGGCUGCCAUUCGCCAAGCCCAAAAGACACCAAGCGCGGGUUCUAUGGACACCAUCAAGGAGAUUAUGGCUCAAGCCUACGGUAUUUACAACGCCUUCUUGGCUCCCGGAUCACCUUGCGAGCUCAAUAUCGACCACCAACUGCGUAACAGUUUGGCCACUAGAAUGACCAAGGCUGUGGGCCAAGACAACACCAUGAUUGAAACGUUGCAAGAGGUUACAGCUCUGUUCGAAGAUGCGCAGAAUGCAGUUUUCAAGCUCAUGGCUAGCGAUUCGGUACCAAAAUUUCUUCGCAACACCAAAUACGAGCAGCAACUCAGGAACUACGAUCUCGACAUGUCGGCCCGUGUACCCGAGCGGAGCCAAAGUCGUUCUAACCGCAAAUAA